AUGGCGUUCUUUACGUUCAACGGGGUGACGAAAAAGCUGAAAGUGGCGGCGGUGAAACCGGCGGUGCUCUCGACGGUGUUCAAACUCGAGCCCGACUCGAUCGUGAUCACCGACGACGACGAGGGAGAAGUGCAUCUGCCCGAUGGGGCUCGAUUCGAUCCACCGCUCAUCGACGGGCGUCGAUACAGUGUGGACGGGUUCGAGCUGGCUUCGGGAUCAAGGGCCCGGAUCAAGGAACAACAAAUUGAUAAGCUGAUCACCGGCUUGAUCUCAACGACGAGCGAUCUGGACCACUGUGUGGGAAUGUUGUACAAUGCUCCUCAGGCUGUGGUCCUUGUCGAAGCUCUUGCUAUCUUAGCCGCUCCGGCCACUGAUCCAUCGCUUGUCAGUGAAGAGAUGCCCCUCGGAGAGUUCAGAAGACUCAAGACACCAUCGUCUUUCAAGGCUUCGCUGUACCAAGUGGCCUCGUCAAUGUGCAACGCUUUCCGGACGGCCGACGUCUCGAUGAUGACCAUCAAGGCGAAACUGGCGGAUUUGCCCGAUGACUUCGUGUCGACACUGGAAGUGACUGGAGAGAUUCACAAACCAAAUUUACGGAAUGAUGAUGUCGCUACUCUCCUCAAGAAGAUCCUCAAGCGGACCACCGAUCGAAUUGCCGAAGCGUCGAAGAAAUGCGUGGAAAUGGCCAAAAAGUCGAGUCAGACAUUUCACGAGACCAUCAAUGUUAUCGACGAGCUGUGUCAAGCCGCUAUGGUCACAAAGGGAACCAAUGAGGCGGCUUUGACGGAAUUGAAGAAACUGAAAGUGGACUUGGAUCGACGAAAACAAGCACUGCAAAUGGCCGAACAAGAGCUCCGACAACAGCACGAGGAGACAAAAAAGCGAGCAAAGGAGGCGUCUAUCUAUGGUGGAGUGAUGGAUACGGUGAAAGCGGUCGAGAGCCAAAAGGAGAAGAAACUCCGGAAAGAGCUCAAGAAGACGACAAUGGAACUGUCGGGAAUUUUGGGGAAACUGACGAAUUUGGAUCUGGAGAAGGUCGAUCUAGACGAUAUCAUCAGCUAUCUUCAAGAUGGAAUUCAGUACUUGGGAAAGGUGAAAGAGAAUUGGAACGAGCUGACUAACUUCUUCGAUGCAAUCCUGAUUUUGGUGGAAACGAAUCUGAAGGACAACAUUGACUCUUUUCUCUUUUCUCGGGACCCGGCGUCUAGACGUUGCAUGUUGGAAAGUGCGCUGAAGGCGACCGGUUACUGUAUCCAAGUGAGCAAUUGUGCCGAGAUCUACACAAAAGUCUCCCGCCUAUAUGUCAUGCCAACAAUCAACGGAGUCGGAAAGCAAUUCGCUCUGACAAAUGCCGACGCUAAAGCAAAGAAGGGCGAUAUCGAGAACAUGCUCAACGCGUCGUUACGCCACGAGCAACUCGAGGAGGAGCAGCGACUGCGACAGCUACGAUGGGAAAACGAGCGUCACAACGAGAAUACAAAGAAUUGUGUGGUCGUACAAGGGGGAUUGGCCGGAGCAUUCGCCGUAUUGGGGGCACUUGCUGUGAUCUUCCCGCCAGUCGGUGUGCCGGCACUGUUCGCUGUUGGUGGAACGGCUGCCACCGGUGUGGCCGCUGGCGUGGUCGGCAUCAUCGAACAAGCGAAAAAGGCCUCAGAAGAGAAGUUGAACAGUCUCCGCGAGAACAUUUCAAAUGUUGGUAGACAUCUUGAUCAGCUCAAAAAAGAGAUCAAGAACGACGAGGAACUGGUGCAAUGGUACCGGAAACAGAUUCACGAGGCAAACGUGAAGCUGGACCAGGCAAAUCGGAGCAUCAUCGAGUGUGGCGAUAUGCAAAAGAAUAUCAAUAUUUGGACGGAUCACUUGGGUGCCUGGAUCGCUUUCCUCAUCAAAAUCACCCCGGAAGCCGGCCGAAUCCAGGGAAAUGUCGAGGGAAAUACUCGCUGGCUUCGGCGCUCCAUUGAGGAAUUUAAGAUCACUUUCAGCGGAGAGAUCAACAUUCUAAUCGAGGCGUGCGCGAAGAUUUUGGCGAUCCAAAAU